UUUCCACGAGACACCGCUCCUGCGGAUGACAGUGCGCGCGUAGUCGGGCCAGGAGCAAGGCCACGGUCGGUGUUGCACUUCCAGAGAGCCCAGUCGAGCGGUAUCGCAAUUCGCGCGAUUGCUUCUCUCUCAGCGUCGCCCGCGACGAUGACACACGCGGAUGGAACACGAUCGCUCCUCCCUUGGGUGAUCCCAGCGUGACCUUCGCCGAGGGGGUGAAGCUCACGGAGCCUUCGGAGCCAGGCGAGAUUUCGCCUGGCGGGGGUUUUCACGCGGCGAAGGAGAGGCUGACGGAAUCGCAACAAGAGAUUUUCAAGAGAUACCGAUAGGAAGCUCGAGGAGAGAGUCGGCGAAAUGGGUAUCGAGAGCGUCCUCGCAGGGAGCUUAACCACCGCCUCGAGCGGGCUGUCGUGGUUCUUCCCGGUCCUCGCCGCGGCGCUCGUCUACUUCCACUACGAAGUCCUGGACAACGAGGCGUCGCCGAUCGACGUGCCGUCGGAGGUGCUGUUGCACUCGUACGACUUCAUAGUGAUAGGCGGCGGCUCGGCAGGUGCCGCGGUGGCGAACCGCCUGUCCGAAAUCGAGAACUGGAGCGUGCUGCUGCUGGAAGCGGGCGGCGACGAGACCGAGAUCUCGGACGUGCCCCUACUCGCCGGCUACCUUCAGCUCAGCCAACUGGACUGGCAAUACAAGACCGAGCAGCAGAGCGGUGCCUGCCUAGCGAUGGUGAACAACCAGUGCAACUGGCCGAGGGGGAAAGUUAUCGGGGGCUCGUCGGUCCUGAACUACAUGCUGUACCUGCGCGGCAACCGACGGGAUUACGACACGUGGGAGAAGCAGGGCAACCCCGGCUGGGGCUGGCGCGAGGUGCUGCACUAUUUCAAGAAAUCCGAGGACAAUAAGAACCCGUACCUGGUGCAGACGCCGUAUCACGCGGAGGGCGGCUACCUGACGGUGCAGGAGGCACCGUGGCACACACCCCUGGCGGCGGCCUUCAUCCAGGCCGGCCAAGAGAUGGGCUAUGAGAAUCGCGACAUCAACGGCGAGCACCAGACCGGCUUCAUGAUCGCACAGGGCACCGUCAGACGCGGCAGCCGCUGCUCGGCCGCGAAGGCCUUCCUCAGGCCGGUCCGCCUCAGGAAGAACCUGCACGUGGCGAUGCACGCGCACGUGACCAAGGUGCUGGUGCACCCCAAGUCGAAGCGCACCUACGGCGUCGAGUUCUUCAGGGACGGCAAGGUGUUCCGUAUACGCGCGAAUAAGGAGGUCAUCGUGUCCAGCGGGUCUAUUAACUCGCCUCAACUGCUCAUGCUGUCCGGAAUAGGGCCGAAGGAGCACCUGCGAGAACUCGGGAUCCCCGUGAUCCAGGACUCUAAGGUUGGUCACAACCUCCAAGACCACGUCGCCCUGGGCGGACUCACGUUCAUGGUGAACCAGGAGAUCUCCAUGGUUCAGAAACGGCUGGAGAACACCCAGGCGGUGAUACAGUACGCCGUAUUGGGCAACGGGCCGCUGACUGUGCUGGGAGGCGUCGAGGGCCUCGCCUUCGUCAACACCAAGUACGCGAACGCGUCGUUGGACUUCCCCGACAUCGAGCUGCACUUCGUCUCCGGCUCGACCAACUCGGACGGCGGUACCCAGCUGCGCAAGGUGCACGGGCUCGCCGAGCAGUUCUACGACAAGGUGUUUGGGCCGAUCAACGACAAGGACACGUGGAGCGCGCUGCCUAUGUUGCUGCGGCCGAAGAGUCGCGGGCUCAUCAAACUGCGCAGCACGAACCCCUUCGACCACCCUCUCAUCUACCCGAACUACUUCAAGGAGCCGGAGGACAUAGCCACGCUGGUCGAGGGGGUGAAGAUCAGCGUGGCCUUGAGCAGGACAGCCGCCUUCCGGCGAUUCGGCAGCGAGCUCAACUCCAAACAGUUCCCAGGAUGCAAGCACAUCCUCAUGUACACCGAUCCUUAUUGGGAAUGCAUGAUCAGGUACUACACUGCGACCGUCUAUCACCCGGUGGGGACCUGCAAGAUGGGACCCUACUGGGAUCCCGACGCCGUGGUCGAUCCGCAGCUCAGGGUGUACGGCGUGGCCGGGCUGCGCGUCAUCGAUGCGUCGAUCAUGCCGAAUCUCGUCAGCGGAAAUACGAACGCGCCCGCCAUCAUGAUCGGCGAGAAAGGCGCCGAUAUGAUCAAGGAGUACUGGCUGAAGCGAAAGUACGGACCUGAAUUUAAUGAACGAUAAGUAGUCGCGCGCGCGAUCAACCGUGACACACGUGAAGAUUUGCGAGUGUGUGAUAACAAGAGUAAUAAAGUUAACGACACGUUGUGAACGUUGAAUUUUAUUGAGAUGUCGAGAGCUUUACGGACAACUUAUAGACGUAAUACGGAU